CCGGCGGUGAGGCAGGAGCGGGAGAAUAGAGGGGGAGCUGAGGCAGGUACAGGUGUGUGUCUGUGAAUGUGAAUGUGAAUGUGGGGGAGAGAAGAAGGGGUGACGGCGUGAAGAAGAGACGGAGAGGGGUGAAAGGAGGACAAAGGAGCCGACUGAGAGGAGGAAGAGCUGGAGAGGAAGAAGGGAGGAAUAAGAAGAGAGGGAGGGAGGAUGUCGGAGAGGAUCGCUUCGUGUGGGAGCCUGUAUGACAGCACCAACCUGCUGCUACAGUACUGCAACAACGAUGACACGGUGUCAGCCAGCAGUAACAUGGACAUGGAGGACCGGGUGUCUCACCUGGAGCAGAAGCUGCAGCUGCAGGAGGAUGAGAUCCAGCUGCUGAAAUCAGCCCUGGCUGACGCUCUGCGCCGACUAGGCUACUGCGAGGAGCAGAGCCUGGGGCAGCAGCCAGGAGGCGUCCAUGCUGCUGGGAGGAGAUCUCUGGCCACCACAGCUGCAGCACCACCUACCAAAGUGCGUCAGCUCCUGCAGGCUCUUCCCUCCAGACCUCUGAGUAACGGCUACGUUCAACAGAAACGCCUCCUCUCAUCCCCGUCCUCUCCGAAGAAGGAGGUGCUACAGUCUAUUAAGAGAAAGAGUAUGUCCACAGAGCGCCUCACCCUGGUGAGGAGAGAGAUGGAAGCGGGGAGUCGGAGUCGAACCACCUCCUCCAGCAGCUCCUCUGGAGGCAAAAGCAAAUCCAAAGAAUGCACCCUCAAUGCAGAGGACGGCUACGUGAGGAUGUUCCUCCGAGGUCGUCCCGUCACCAUGCACAUCCCCGAUGAGCAGAGGGAGAGCUACAGCAUCGACCACAAGGUGGCGCUACCCGACCGCAAGCUCAAACUGCAGUGGGUGUACGGCUACCGUGGACGUGACUGCCGCUCCAACCUCUACCUGCUGCCCACCGGAGAGAUCGUCUACUUCAACGCCUCUGUGGUGGUGCUGUACAACACCGAGGAGCAGCAGCAGAGACACUACCUGGGCCACAACGACGACGUCAAAUGCCUGAGCGUGCAUCCCGACAUGGUUACCAUAGCAACGGGGCAAGUGGCAGGAAACUCCAAAGACGGAAAGCUGCUGGCUCCUCAUGUUCGAGUUUGGGACUCUGUGAGCCUCAACACGCUGCACGUGAUCGGGAUGGGAGUGUUCGACCGAGCGGUCACCUGCGUGGCUUUCUCCAAGUCGAACGGCGGCACCUUCCUCUGCGCAGUGGACGAUGCUAACGAUCACAUCCUGUCGGUCUGGAACUGGCAGAAGGAGAAGCAGCUGGCUGAUGUGAAGUGCUCCAACGACUCUGUACUGGCUGCUGUGUUUCAUCCCAUGGAUGCCAACCUGAUCGUCACCUGUGGAAAGUCUCACAUCAACUUCUGGACCAUGGAGGGCAACACUCUCACCAAGAGGCAGGGCCUGUUCGAGAAACAUGAGAAGCCAAAGUAUGUGUUGUGCGUGGCGUUCGCUGAGAACGGAGACGCCAUCACAGGAGACUCCGGUGGAAACAUCUACGUCUGGGGCAAAGGUGGUAACCGCAUCAGCCAGCAGGUGUCGGGGGCCCACGAGGGCGGGAUCUUCUCCGUUUGUGUCCUGAAGGACGGCACCAUGGUGUCUGGAGGAGGGAAGGAUCGCAAGGUGGUGCUGUGGGGCCACGACUACAGGAAACAGGCCGAGAUGGAGGUGGGCGAGUCGUUCGGUCCGGUCCGGGCUCUGGCUGAAGGUAAACCGGGAGAGCUCUUUGUAGGAACCACCAAGAACGCCAUCAUCAGAGCUGCUUUCCCUGACACGUUAACUCCCAUCGUACAGGGGCACACAGAUGAGCUGUGGGGUCUGGACAUCCAUCCCUCCAUGGAGCAGUUUGUCACCUGCUCCCAGGACAGGCAGGUUCACCUCUGGGACACCAACUCCCAUCAGCCCCUCUGGAGCAAGACCAUCGAGGAUCCAGGGAGGUCUGCUGGGUUCCAUCCCAGCGGGGCUGUCCUGGCUGUGGGGACGAUGACUGGAAGGUGGUUGGUGCUGGACACUGACACGAGAGAUCUUGUUUCUAUGCACACAGACGGCAAUGAGAUUAUUUCCAACGUCAAGUACUCUCCAGACGGUAACUUCCUGGCUGUUGCUUCCCAUGACAACUAUGUUUACAUCUAUGCUGUGACGGAGAACGGCCGAAAGUACAGCCGCGUGGGGAAAUGCACUGGCCACUCCAGCUUCGUCACCCAUCUGGACUGGUCCAAAGACAGCCAGUACCUCGUCACUAACUCAGGAGACUACGAGAUCCUCUUCUGGGAGGCAUCCAGUGGUAAACACGUGACCAACAUGGACGCGGUGCGCAACCUGGAGUGGGCCACUUCCACCUGCACUCUGGCCUUCAGCACCUUUGGAGUCUGGCCAGAUGGAGCAGACGGCACAGACAUCAACGCCGUGUGCAGGUCACAUGACGGCUCCCUGCUGGCCUCUGCCGAUGACUUUGGCAAAGUGCACUUGUUCACCUUCCCCUGCUCUCAACCAAGGGCUCCGAGCCACGAGUACGGUGGCCACAGCAGUCACGUGACCAACGUUGCCUUCCUGCACGACAACAGUCACCUGAUCUCCACCGGUGGGAAAGACACCAGCAUCCUGCAGUGGGUGGUCGCCUAGGCAACAGUAUCCAUCCAACAUCUCUAAUCCCCCACAGUCGGGGACCAGCAUCCUCUCUGACCCUCCUUCACCUUUUCACUGUUUUACCCUCCUGCCACCAGGGGGCAGUAUCUCCGCUGUGCCUACUGGAAAUUUAAAAAUAAAAUAAAAAAAUUUACACACAAACAUAAACACAACUUGACCGACCCGACGAUGUCACACCAGAUCAGAUGAUUGAGUAUUCUUGUAAUAAAUUGAAUAUUAUUUAGUGUCCUGCUGUUUGUAAUAGAAUGUAGAGAAAAUGACUUGAAUCCUAACUGGUCCCAAAUAAAAAUAAAAAAAAAAAGAAAGAGAAAAAAAAACUACUUCUGCAACACCAACCAAGCUGGAACCACUAGAGGUGACUGCACAGCAAACCUGUGAUUUUAGCAUUAGUACUAACUGUGCCUAAACUAUAUUUAUCUUAACCCCCUUUAAUGAGAAUUCCACCUAUUUUAAAGGAAGAUCGUGUUUGGUUCCUUACAUCACUGUCGACUAGUUUUGAGUGCAUGAUACGAUAAAGGUUGUAUUUAUAUUUGAUGGUUUAAUAUUAGAGAACUUGCCCUUCCUUUCCAAGCGACUACUGAUGUCAGUUAAUUUCCAUAAUGUACGAAAAUCAGUUACGAGACUUCCGAAACUUUCUUCAGCUGACUGCAGUUUUCUACUCAGUUUACACUAAAACAGCAUCAGCACCCACCCAGAAGAAGAAGAAGAAGACUGAACUAAAAUAUUUUCUGAUAGAUCUCCACAUCAUACUGAGUGCAUAGAAACAAUGGAUUCUUAAAAAAUCAAGAAAAAAAAUGCAUUUAACUUUCUUGAAAAUCGCAGUUUCGGGUUGUCCAUAUUGUGAGCUUUUGUAAAGUCUACUUUAUUGGUGGAAAAACACUUCUUGGGAACAUUCCUGAUGCCUGAAGCCUCUCAAAGUUACAGUAACCCCUCAAACUCAAAAAGAACUAACUGACACACAAAGAAAGAUUGUAUUACUAUUCCUAAAAUGGGUGGAAUUCCCCUUUUUUUUAAAAAAAA